AUGUUUACUCACUCUCAUGCAAUAAGGUCGGGUCUGAGCGGGCGUCUGCGACAGUCUCAACAGGAUCAUAUCAAUAAUCAUCACAAUGCUCAAUACAUCAUCGCAGCAGAAUUCAACAACAAAGUCGGCCCAGUGCUGAAACACCAGUACCCAAAUUCAAUACCAGGGUUUAAAACAAGGUCUAACUCGAAAGUUUCCACGGUAAACAUAGCGAGCUUAAUGAUACCCAACAACGCAGAAAACGUUCCAGAGCGGGCUGAUUUUACAAUCUUUAUUCUUUACAAGAAUAAAUAUACUAGAAACUACCAAAUAUUCCCAAUAGUCGACAAAGUAGCACCGUCUAACGACCGAGAAGCUCUCGGCGUUUUAAAAGAGGAAGAGCACACCUCCAACAGAGGAAUGCCCUUGGCAGGGGAUUAUCUCAAUACCGCAAAGGAACCCCCGUUAUUCUUUAUUAGCGUCGUCAAUACUAUAAAAGAUGACACCAAUGACCGUGGGGCUGUAAUAAAAGCAAUUGCGUUGGGUACUGAAUUGAGAAAUUUCCUGAUUUUCAAACCGCUCCUGGCAAUGACUUUAGACGCGUACAUGCGAUAUAAUGGCAACAUUCAGCUUUUAAUGGACUGUUUCAAUAUGAUCAACAGCUUGGAUUUAUCACUUGCAAAAAGAAUAAGGUCAAACACUUCUCUCCAGACUCUGCUGAACUCUUUAACUGAUGAGAGGGUUUUAACAGAUAUUUUCAAAUCUCAAAAUCACCAUCUUUCACGUUUACUACAUCUCAACAAUCUCCCGAGAACUGACUCUUUUGGUAACAUUAUAAGCUUCAAACGUCACUUAUUAGAAUACCAAUUCAACAAGUUCAAACCCAAGCUGCUUCCAACCGCGUUAACCAGAAUCUCACUGCAAAUCAACGUUAUAAACUAUGACCCAGUACAAGUGAAUAUAAACUACAACGACCACGUACUGAAGUUUCUUUCAAAAUUUUUAUCAGAGCUAGAAAAGCUACCGCGACCUCAGUUUGCGUGGAAGUUAGUUGUGAACUCUACAAAACUUUCGAAAGAUACUCUAACUCAAUUUAUCAUAUCGCUGUCGAAUUUGAUUCGGCAUUUCGACUUUCAUUACUUUGCAAACGCCCAGGUCAUUAUAUUUCCAUACAUGGAUAUUUCCUUCAUUGAUGCGCUAAAGGAACACCUUAACUUGUGUGGAAACACACGGACUUUUACCAUCGUCGGUGUGAGCAAUCCUAUAUUUGAAUUGCAAAAAGAUGCUUGGGAUUUUUAUUACGAUAUGGAUACAGAGUCACUAAGGGCUCAAAAUUUGGAGAAUUCGGCCAUUGCUAAGCAUGCUACCAUUUCACAGGAGAGUUUGAAAAGCUCCAAAAUCCGAAACAUUUUUCAGAAGCGUGCUUCUUCUGCCGUUAUGCUAGAGAAACCCAUAUCGAGAUGUAGCCUGACAUCUAAGAUGAUCGAAUACCUGAUCAGCGAGAGACACGAUAAUGAAACAAUUCUGAAUGUCUUCAAAAGGAUAAAUGUUCUGCAAAUACUAAGCUUGCUUACAAGUCUCCGUAAUAGGUCACAAUCAGAUUCACAGCUCAGCUUGAAAGACGAAUACGUUGUGUCUUACCGAGACUUCAUAAUAUUUCCUGAGUUUUUCGAGUAUGGCUCUCUUAAACUUAUAAGGUGCUUAAAGGAACUACAAGAAGACCUAAAUUGCAUUAUAUUUGACGGGAAGAAUCCCUAUGAGAACCAUGAACUGAAUCCAUUCGAGAGGAUAUUCACAUCUUUGAAGUUCAUCUACAAAUUUAUAGCGUCAAAUGCUGCAAACGUCGAAAAGUUUAUCAAUAUUGGUCUCAGCUUUCCUUUGACUUUCCUUCAGAAUGAGGAAAACUUAUCCUCCAAGGACUUUAUUGAGGUUGACCUAAAAGAGUUAUUUGACAAUUUAAGAAAUUCGAACUCGAUGGAAUCUUUGACUUAUCAGCGCUUAGGAGUGGUGGACUAUUUCGCAAUGAAUCGGUUUCUUAGACUUCUUUUUUUGCCUCUUCUUCUGGACUUCACGAUCGAGAGCUCUCCAGAGUUGAUGCGUUACUUUGAUUCUCCGGCAUCGGGCUAUAGAGACUGUAAGUCAAAGAAACUCACACAUUCAGAGCACCAAAGCUCUCCCGUAUCUAGUUGGUACAACGAGGAGAUCUUCUUUCAGGAUGUUACCACAGACGAAGCAAAAAACAGAGUCUCAUCUUCGGGUACUACACAGAGUUCAGACUCUAUCCUUGAUUGCGACUACAUCAUAAACAAAAUUAAAAGGGUAAGUUUGGCCAUUGUACGAAAACUUCAAAGGCACCCUAUUGGUGAAUUGUUGAUAAAGUAUAAGCUUAAUCCAGCCUUUAAGUCCAUAUAUGAUAUGCUGGAAGACGAUUCUACUGCGAGAAAAAGACGAGCGCCCGGAAACAGAACGAGCUUAACCGAACGUCAAACUGCGAUUGGGGAAAGCUCCAUAAACGUCUCUCCAAACAGAAUGGAGCUCCUCAAAGAUCUUCAGGCCAUUUCUGCUCAGCAGGAAAGCAUCAAAGCUAAACCAGUAUUAGAAGAUAGACCUGCAAGAGCGUCAAUUUUGGACAUGUUGAAUCGAAUUACAGUUAACGAAAAUGACCGUUUGCAGUAA